GUUAUUUAUUAUGGACACACCUCCAUAAAAUAAUUAUAAACAUAAUGUUGAUGAUAAUUUCAGACAUGAUCUAUGCUAACGAAUCCAAACAAAAACUGGAAAAAUGCCUCAAAAUCAAAAUUAAUAGGCUAAGUAAUUUUCAGAGAAGGAUCAACUCUAGAAGAUAUAGAAUGAAUUGAGAGCACAAUUAAAGUUCAUUGACGAAACUAAUUGGAUGUUUGAGGGAUUGAACAAUGCAAAUGAUAAUUUUUGAAUUUUAUUACAUUGUUAAUCCUACUUAUAAAUUUAUACA